AUGUUACGCCACUCGCACCUCCCUUACCUCACCACUUCCAACAGCUACUUUCUUUUCUCUUCCCUGCUUUCAUUUCUCUUGCCACCUGUGCUUUCUGUUAUCGUCUUUCUCCCCCACUCUUGUUCUCACUUUCAGUCACCCCCACCCCCAUUCCCACUCCCCUUCUUCCGACCGCCUUCUCUUUCAUCAAAAUGGCGAGUGCUCAUUAUUCAGACAAUAUCUUUAAUUACAACAGAGCACGAAAUGUCAACAGAAGAAUCUAGAUUUAGAUUUGGAAAAAAAAAAGGUUGUUACGUCUAUCUCUUAACUGAACUUCUUUGUACUUCUUAUUUUACUUCUUUUCUCCCCUUUUCUUUCACUCAUUUUCCCACACAUUCUCCUUUUCUUUCUUUUUCCUCCAUUCUCCAUUUCUUUCUCUCUUUCUCCCGUUCUCCUUUUCUUUCGCUCUUUUACCGCAUUCACCUUUUCUUUCUCACCUUUCCUUCCUCUCUUUCCCUUCUCUCUUACCCCAUUCUGCUUUCCUCUCGCGUUUUCCCCACUCUCCUUUUUCUCUUCUUUUUUCUUCCAUUCUCCGUUUCUUUCUCAUUCCCCAUUCUCCUUUUUUCUCUCUCUUUUCCCCUUACUCCUUUUCUUUUUCUCUUUCCCAUUCUCAUUUCCUCUAUUCUACUUUUCUUUCUCUUUCACCCUCAUUCUCCUUUUCACUCGCUUCUCCACAUUCUCCUUUUCUUUCUUUCCCCCAUUCUCUUUUACUUUCUUUACCUUCUCUCUUUUCCCCCGUUCUCUUUUUCUUUCUCUUUCUCCUACCCAUUCUCCUUUUCUUUCUCUUUUCCCAAAUUCUUCAUUUUUCUUUUUUCCCCAUUCUCCCUUUAUUUCUCUUUUCCAUCCUUUCUCCUUUUCUUUCUCUCCUUUCCCCCACUCUCCUUUUCUUUCUCUCUUUUCUCUCCCACUUUCCUUUUCUUUCUCUCUUCCCCUCCCCCACUCUUCUUUUCUUUCUCUCUUCCCCUCCCCCAUUCUCCUUUUUCUUUCUGCUUUUCUCUUCAUUCUCCUUUCCUUUCUGAUUCCGUUCUCUCUUUUCCAUUCUUUCUCCUUUUCUUUCUUUCUUUUCCCACAUUCUCCUUUUCUUUCCCACUUUACCCCCCAUUCUACUUUUCUUUCUCUCCUUUUUCCCCUAAUCUACUAUUCUUCCUCCCUUAUCACCCAUUCUCCUUUACUUUCUCUUUUUUCCUUCAUUCUCUUUUUCUUUCUCUUUUCUAUCCAUUCUCCUUUUCUUUCUCUACUUUUCCUCAUUCUCCUCUUCUUUGUUUCCCUUCUCCCUUUUCCAACAUUCCCUUUCUUUCUCUUUCCCCUCCAUUCUCCUUUUCUUUCCCUUCUGUUUUCUGCCCAUUCUCCUUUUCUUUCUCUUUUCCGACAGUCUCCUUUUCUUUUCUUUUUUUCCUCCAUUCUCUUUCUUUUUCUCAUUUCCCGCAAUUCUCAUUUUAUUUCUCUCCUUUCCUCUUCAUUCCCCUUUUCUUUCUCUUUUUCCUCCCCGUUAUCCUUUUUCUUUCUAUCCUUUUUCCUCCUCAUUCUCCUUUCUUUUCUCUUUUGCCCAUUCUCUUUUUUGUUUCUCUCCUCCCCACCAUCCUCAUUCAAUCAUUCUCUCUUUUUUCUUUUUUUCUUUUUUUUUUCCUACUCCUGGUUCACCAUUCUUACGUUUUCCUCUCCUUUCUUUUCGUUUACCUUAUCCUCUCCAAAUUAAUCGUUCUCUCCUUCCUUUUAUCUUGCUUAUUCCUUUUUUACCUUCCCGCCUCCUUUCUUUCUCUGUUUUGUUUGCAGCCUUUCAUCAUUGUCCAAUAA